UAACUUGUGUAACCAAUAUAAACCGUCCAAUUAACCGAACCCAGUUAGUUGUGCCCAUUUAGGUGCUUAUCGCACUGCACUGUUCGACGUGGUGACGCGCGAUGUUUGGUUCUCGCGUGUGGUAGAGUAGAAAUGAACUUCGCGCCUCGAUGCCGAACGAAAUGCGAUUAUUUACUUGCACGGAUCGACAGUCGACUUGAGAACGCGAAACGAUCGAGAUUGCCAACCCACGGUCAAGUCAAGUAGCUUGGGCAGCAGCGCGGCGGGUGCUAUUUGUUUCUUUCCUGCACGGCAACGCGUUUCAGAACGCGUCCACAUACCUAGAUAGCUGUGCAAAACCACCGUAUAUUUUGUCGAAUUAUCAUCCAAGUGCAAAACGUUGCGAGUUGGGCGGCCAGUGAAGGUGACACAUGAGUGCAAUUCAAACAUCUUAUCGUCGUCAUCACCACCGUCCUCGAGCCUGAUCGUGAAGCAAGAAAAAGGCAACACUAGCACGAUAGUACUGAAAUCGACUGAAGAAAUGACUCGAGUGAUGACCUAAAACAGUGAAACAAAAUUGCGUAGUUUUAUGACGAAGAGUGGUGCAAAAGUGCAAAUUGAUUUGAAAUUAUCGCUGCAGUGAGUGGUGGCAGAGCUUUAGACGAUUGCCGUAACAGAAGAAAACGAAUAUGUCCUACUCCUAUAACACGACCGGUCGAUCCGCCAGCCAGACAUCAAUCUACGACUAUCCGGAGCACUUGAAUCCAUUCUAUGAAGACGAGAACCACAAACGGUUGCGGUUCUGGAACUUCACCAGCCAGCGACCGGGCAAGGCUCGGUCGGAACGCCGCGGCAGUCUGGUCAGCAUCAGAGAUGGCCUGCGAGAUAUGUGGGAAUUCAAAACAUUUCGACUGAAAAAGAAGCGCUCGUCAUCUCUGGGUGUCAACAAAACUUCCGAAAGUCCGCCUCCGCUUCGUCGGGAUGAUCAUGAUUCACAAUAUCACACUAUCAGUAAUGCGUCCGCAUACAGAAGUACCAUCGGCACUGCCGGAUAUCGUCCAGGAUACUCACAAUCCAGCUCGAACACUCCGCUGUUCGAAAGAAAUACACGUUACCGCAGUUCCCUCCAGAAUCAGCCGAAUGAUAUCGGAAUUGGUCUUUUUAGAAACGAUCGCUAUAGAAGCACAAUUCAAAAUGGAUUUGCAACUUACAGUGGUGGUUCCAUGGUAACAUCUACACCCCGCUCCAGAUAUGCUCCAGGAACACCCCGAUAUGGAAUGAACGCUGGAACAUCCCAAUCUAGUCUAAGGGCAACCAAUCCUUUCGAAGAGGACGACGAUGGCGUUUUGGUCACUGAAACUUACGUCAGCAGCAAUGGAGUAGUUCGUUUGAGACCACGUAAGAAGCGACGCGCGCCACCUCCACCAGUACAAAAACUAUUAGACUCUUCAGUCGAAUCAGUUGACGACGCGACACUCAGCACAAGGUUGAAGAUCGAGGAAUCAUGUCCUCCGGAAAACUCAGAGGAUAUUGACAAACUUACCAAUCUUACGGCUGAAAUUGAAUCCUUUGUCCGAACAACCUCGAAUGACGACGUUACCACGAGCUCAGCAGAACAGAAACAGCCGAGAGCUGAGCCCUCCCCACUCAGUGAUACCAGCAAUAAUGAAGUAAAACUCAAAAUAGUUGAACAGUCCGAACAGCGUGUUACAGUUAAGCCAGCAGAGAUAUCGACACCAAAUGAUGUAGUCCUGCUGGACAAACCAGCAGAACAAUCAAGUGAAUUGUUGACUAAGGAAUCAACCACCAAAACGGAUUCUACAAUACCAGAACCCGUUGAACAAAUCUCGCAAAUCGAAGAGCUAAAAAUAGUGGAGGAGUUUAAAUGUGAAACCGCUCCACAACCAUCCCCCCGAGGUAAAUCGUCACCUCCACCGGGACCGAAGACUCCCCCCGUUGCGGAAGAGCUUGACCUAGAAAACGUCUCACUUCCUGAAACUCCGGUGCCCGCACGCCGUUUAAAUAAGCAUCGCAACGCAGCAAAGACCAACGGAAAUAUUUUGCAAAUCUCGGAGCGUUCCGAUUCCGUUACUUCCUCUUCUGUCAGCGAGGAGGAAAACAUGCAAUCCAGAGCAGUGAAAAACGUCAACUACGAGUUCGAGUACAAGGUGCAACCAAUUGUUACCGAAAUUGACGAGAAAAUUGGCACAGCUCGCAUGAAAAUUAGCGAAUCGAUUGAAGACAUCCAUUCAACACCGGGUGCUGGCAACGAACGCCGUCGUUCGGUCCGGGAUAUCAUCGAAUCCAUCAAUAAAAGUCAAAGUCUGUUGAAGGUCAAUCAAGAUUCGACAACCGGACUACGCACAGCUCAGUCAAACGAUAGUGUCAACAGAAACAUGAGGGAGCUAAGCGAACGGGAACGAGAGCUACAAGCUCUCAUUAACGAAAUGGACUCUCAUUUUGGGAAUCAGAAACCAGCAGCUCCACCUAGAGACCGUGGUUCCUACUAUGACAACGUUCCGGAUGAUGGAGACGAUGAAAACACGGACAACUUGCUCAGCAAGUCGGAUAUGCGUUCAAAGAAAAGUCCAACAAAGUCAUUAGGCAUUGAACCGAGCGAUGAGGCACAGUUCAAGGAUUGUAUUGAUUGGAACCCAUUGCCAAAGCCGCGAAGAAGUCGCCACUUCCCAGAAACUGCGCAUCAAAUGACGGUUGGAGGGGGUGUACUAUCGAAUAUUGAUCAGAAUAACAACGGAACUAGUAAAAGUUAACUCUUGCAAAAUAAAAUUAUGCUGUCUUUAAAAUAAUAGUACAUAAAAAAUAUUUAUUUUGAACAAUGGGCAGGUAGUUUUCUUUGGUGUCUUAACAAAUCAAUCAAGACAUGCUUUUUUGAUAACUGAAGUUAUUGUUAAAUGUUUCAAAUGCAAUAAAGUAU